AUAGUACAGUGAGCCAGAGGAGCAGCACGCCGGGGGAGAGAGAAGAAGAGCGAGAAAAAUGAACACGGAUAUCACCGCAUCGACGAAGCCAGAGUAUCCAGUGAUAGAUCGGAACCCUCCUUUUACCAAAGUUGUCGGUAAUUUCAACACUCUCGACUAUCUUCGCUUCGUCACCCUUACCGGCGUUUCCGUCACCGUUGGCUACCUUUCUGGGAUCAAACCUGGAAUCAAGGGUCCAUCUAUGGUGACUGGGGGUCUGAUCGGGUUCAUGGGUGGGUUCAUGUAUGCAUACCAAAACUCCGCUGGUCGGCUUAUGGGUUUCUUUCCCAAUGAUGGUGAAGUAGCACGUUACAAGAAAUGAGAAAUUCCUCGAUUUAGUACUUAUGUUUUCCCCUUUUCUAGUGGAUGUAAUAUCCGGAACUUGAUGUCAACGUUAUGGUGAUCGAGAAUGAUGAAAUUGUCAUUCCUGUAUUUCAUCCUGUUCA